CAUUUGAUACUGCUCUGUUAAGUCCCUAACCGUGAUAGAUGCAGAACUGCUAGCAUUGUUUGUAUCCUUUUUUCAGAAAGAGUAAUCAAAAUUACAAUGAAAGAUAUAAAUGGCAGUCAGCUCAUCUUAGGUAUGCUGAGAAAUCCUAUAAAUUUCUAUUCUUAAAUUGCUUCAUGCUCGACCAGCCUACAAUCAGCACACACAGACAGGUGUACAAAGAAACCCACAUCUUUUCACGUCAUUCAUCAAGAGAACAGGUAUGAAUUUGGCAUUUUCAUUUUGGAUCUACAGUAUCCUGAUUUCCCUCUUUAAACUAUGUUUAUCAGACUCACUACAGUUAAAUGGUUCCAGUGCACCCAUUGUUUCUACAGUUGGUCAUGACUCCAUUCUCCCAUGCUAUCUUACUCCAGCAAAGCGGCCACCAGACAUGAUACUUAUUUGGAUGAAAAUAGGCUCUUACGAAAACAAAGAAGUUCUAACUUAUAAUGGCAAGACAAAUGAAAUAAAGACUGGUUUACAUUAUGAAGGCAAGGCUGAGAUUUUUCAUGAAGAAUUAGAUCGUGGGAAUGUCUCAUUAAAGCUUAGAAAUGUCACCAUACAGGAUGAUGGAGUAUACACCUGCAAUGUAAUAGCAGAUGUGAGAAUUGUACAUAUUAAACUCCAGAUUGCAGCAAUGGGGGAAGCUCCAGUUCUACAUAUGGAGGAGUACUCAUCUGGUGGCAUAGAAGUCCUCUGUAAGUCAAAAAACUGGUUUCCUGAACCAAGUUUAGAGUGGACUGACAGCAACAGACAAGCUCUCUCCAUUAAGCACAAAACAGAAAAGGAAAAAAAUCUUGGUGGUUCAUUUGAUAUUGAGAGUCAAAUAAUUUUAAGUCGUGGUGACCCAAACCCGAUUACAUGCAUAGUAAAAAAUUCAGUUUUUCUGGAAAAACUAGAAUCAAGUAUGGAAAUUGCAGAAAACUUCUUUCCUUCUGUAUCACCUUGGAUUGUCUUGUUCUGGAUUCUUCUUCUUGGCUAUGUAGCUGCAGCUGCUGUCUUCAUUUACAAAUUUAAAGGUAUUCAAAAGAAGCUGGUAAAAGCAGAUAGACAGAAGACAUGUGCUGAAGAAGAAAAGCGGAAGCUGCUUGAGGAACUUGAUACUAUUGAUAAGAAAAAGGAUGAAGAGCCUGUGGUCAUGACAUCUGACCUCGAUACUGCAGGAGAUCUGCCACAAGGCCCUACUCCUACACGUUUACUGAGAAUUUUAUCUUUGUAUCAUGCAAAAUGGAGACAAUGCUGCUUUUAUCACGUUGAAAUACAUUUAGAGAAGUCAAAAGCUCACAAAGAGUUGAUAGUUACAGAUAACACUAUUGGAUACAAUCCGUCAACAACAGAAAAGAAGGCAUCCUCUGAAGGACCUCCCAUUGCAGUAGGUGAUGAAGGAUUCGAAAAAGGGAAGCACUACUGGCAAGUACAAGUAGGAAAAAGAAAACAGUGGUUAUUAGGUGUUAUCAGUGAGUCUGGAGUAACAAAAGAUUAUCUUCAACCAUCUCAAGAUGAACAUUUGGUUGGGAUUGGAAUGAAACAUGGAAAGCUCUCUGCAAUUCAUUCACCAGAUGCUGAAGUUAGCCUUAAUACAAAUUGUGAGACAAUUGGAAUUUACUUAGACUAUGAAAAAGGUUUAGUUUCAUUUUAUAAUGUUGGUGACCACAAUAAGAUGGGUUCUUUUGUUAAAACUUUCAAGGAAAAAAUAUAUCCAUUUUUUAGUCCGGGCCUAUUUGAUGGUGAUGAGCAACCCUUAAAGGUGUGUUCCUUCAGAUGAUGUACUUAGCUGCAGUAUAAUUCAUGUAUUGUGUUGUGUGUUCAUCAUCACUUGCUUUGUAGUAGUUUAGCAUUGCAGAAAUAGACAGUUUCCAACACCUUCUCCAUAUAUAGUGGUUUAGACAGGCUAAUCUGUGAACACUACAUCCAUUGCACAUUACAUCUGAAAUGGACAUGCCAUCUGAAAUUGGAACUCUAAACACAGGAGUCCCACAAAGCUCAGUCCUACCGCUACUGUUCUCCCUGUUUCUUAAUGAUAUUACACAGGACUAACCCAAGUAUGAUAUUACCAUGCAUGGAGAUGACACUCUACUAAUUAUAGCCCCCAAAACAAAACAAACAUUGCAAAAAGCAACACAGUCUCAAUUCACCAAUCUCUGUAACUUGCUCCACAAUAGUAAAUUGCAAGUAAUCAGUUCCAAAACAAAUAUCAUGUUCUUAUCCACAGCAUGAACAUUGGCAUUGCUACCUCCAGUAAUCUUAAUAGACUGAAAGGGAACUUUACAUCAAAUGUUAAGCAACAAAAAUAUCCAGGAUUAAUGCUUGACCCACUAUUACAUUUUAACAUUUACAAAGAUAAUGCAACCAACAUGGUUUUACCUCGACUAAAACCUUGUUAUCAUUUCUCAAACACUCUUCCUUAUUGCCAGAUUGGCUUUAGCCCCAAAAUAUCCUAAUAUCAAUGGUUGAAUAUACCCCUCCUCUUAUUGCCCUUCACUCAGCACACAAACAUACAAGCAGAGGGAAACAGAAUACUUAGAUAUCCACUUCUAACAGAUAGAAAAUUUAACCAUUGCAUCUUCUAGGACAAGGUAGAGUAGCUAGCCAUUACAACAGAGCGUCUUUUUUUCCUAGUGCUCUGAUUUACAAAAUUCUAAGUCUAGGUUACUGCUCUCCACUUAAACAGUUACUACAAAACAGAGAAUAAAACUACUUCAUUAGGAAUAGCCAUGAAAGUAUGGUCAAAUAAGCCAGACCUAUAUUCAAACAGGCCAUAGCAGUAAAAGCACAUUCCAGAGUAGGAUCAAUUAUAUGAAACAAGUUCUCUACUUAAAUAAAACAAUAGUGAAAAUCUGCAUUUAUUCAUAAAAAAUAAGCUGUACUUUCAAAAGGAAUGUAAGUGCAACUACUUCCAUGACAAUUAAAUGGUGCUGAAAGGGUGCUGGAAAGCUGGUAAACUCUUACUAAUAUGAAACUGUCUUUAUGUAUUUGCUGAUGUGUAUUUAGUGUUCUUGCAAUGUUAACCAUGUAUUUUAUACAUUUUUUUUAUUUCUUUAUUAAAUUUGUUUUAAUCUUUGUUUUCUCAUAAUGACAAUGAGUCAACUUUAUUGUACUUUUGACUUAAGUCAAGGCUGAAAAGGGUCAAUUGACCAGCCCACCUACCUGGUUAUCAAAUUGUAAAAUAAAAUAAAGUAAACUGACACUUUUUAAACUCUUGUUAUGGUUCCCCCUUUACCAUUUCAUAAAGUGAAUAUAACUACACAAAUCAUUUCUGUCAAUGAAGAGAAAUAAAACCUGAACACCAUAUAAUGUUUCCCUCAUGUGUUUGCAUACUCAUUUAAAAUAUUUCAAUAGUUGAAAAAUUAAGUGAUUAUAAAAAGGCAUAUGUUAAACACUUUUCUCAGAAACAUUAGUAGCAUUUUUGAAACAGUGUUUGCUACAAAUCCAUAUUUGUGCAUUUUCUCAUCCUUUUCUUUAUAGUCACCUUCUUAAGUACAAGUGGUCAUUUACAGUACUAGAACAUCCUUGUGGUACUUUUGGUGUGCUUUUUAUUGGGGCUGGUUCCCUGUAAUGGGCUGCAAGCUUUAUGUAUGACUUAUAGAGAGAAUGAGGUUAUAGUGUGAUGAAAGCAACUGGUUGUAAGCUUGUCUGAAAGAAAGACAAAAAAAAGGAGAAAUGUUCCAAAUUAAAGGCACAAUUGCUGGUGAACACUAAGAAACUGAACCUGCAGUGAUUUCCUAUGUAAAACGGCAACCAAGGAGUUCAACUCCAUAAAGCUGAACUAAUCCAGAUGGCACCUUUAACAAGUUUAAUCUCCGUGAGGUGUAUGGAAGCCAGGCUGCACUUAUGUAUGCAAUAAUUAAAAUCAAUAAGGAAUAUAAAAACAAAUUGAUUUCUUGUGCAAUACUCAGCACAGGAAAUCAGUUUCUGCACUGAACCACUGUAGUAUUAAGUAUAUAGUAAUGAAUUUGCUCGCAUGAUGGUACAGCGGUAGCAUUGUUGUCUCAUAGCAAGAGGUUCUCCUGUUCAAUUUUUGGCUGGAGUGUGUUCUGUGUGGAGUCUGCAUACUCUCCCCGCGGUCCCUCUGAAAACAUGUGUGAAUGGGUGUGUCUUCACUGAAGGUUAGG